ACUCUCCGUCGUAUCGAUCAACAAACCCAAAUGAGAGGUUAGAGUACAUGAACUCCCCUCUUCUUUAUUUCUCACAACGCAAUCAGAGCUGCAAUUUCUCUCCUCUAUGAAAUUUCACCACACCAUCUCUAUCAUCUUCACUUGUUACAACCUCUGAAAUUCUGCCAAAUAUCCACUCGUUCCAUCAAUGCCUACUUCUGCUCUUUCUCACCUUCUCCUCCUCUUCCUUGCCCUUCUCCCACUUUCCACCUUCGCCCAAACUCCCGGCAGCAGAAUAAGCUUGGGCGCUUCUCUCUCAACCGAUGGAAACACUUCUUGGGUUUCACCAUCCGGCGAUUUCGCCUUUGGAUUCCAUAGCCUCCAAGACCAAGACCUCUUCUUGCUUGCCGUGUGGUUCGACAAGAUCCCCGACAAGACUAUAGUCUGGUCUGCAAAUGGAAAUACACCAGUUCUAAGAGGAUCAAAGGUCGAGCUGACGACCGACGGCCAGCUCGUGCUCACCAACCACCAAAACCAACUAAUAUGGAGGGCUCCAAACAUCAACGGCACCGUCGCUUACGCUACCAUGCGCGAUACUGGAAACUUUGUGCUUACAAGCACGGAUUCGGCAGUCAGAUGGGAUAGCUUCGACCACCCAACCGAUACGCUCUUGCCUGUGCAGGUACUGGGUCGUUCCCGCACGCUCACUUCUCGCGAAACAAAGACCAACUACUCCGAAGGGAGAUUCGAAUUCCGUAUGCAGAAUGAUGGAAAUCUCAUGCUCUAUACCGUCGAUCGCCUCGGCAGACAAACUUAUAAUGCUUACUGGAAUAGCAAGACUGUUGGAAACGGUUCUCAGCUGGUUUUCAACCAGUCGGGCUAUAUCUACCUCUCACUGACUAACGGAACUGUAUUCAACCUCACAGCCGACAACACAGUUUCCGUUCCGACGGGAGCUUUCUAUCACAAGGCGUCCCUGGAUUUUGAUGGAGUUUUCAGGCAAUACAUCCACCCGAAGACAAGCCAGAGCGAUGGAAGGUGGGAGCAGUCAUGGAGCAUAGUGCAGUUUGUGCCAUCCAAUAUUUGCACGGCUAUUUUGGGAGACAUAGGUGACGGAGCUUGCGGGUUCAACAGCUAUUGUGUGCUGGAAGGAGAUUCUCAGAUGCCUAGUUGCAAAUGCCCACCAGGUUACACUUACUUGGAUCAGAAUAACACAUUUAAAGGAUGCAAACAAGAUUUCGUUUCGCAAAGCUGUGAGAUGGAUGGAUCAAGAACAGAGCCCAAGUAUGACAUGAUCGAAAUGAUUGACACGGAUUGGCCGAAGUCCGACUUCGAACACUAUAAGUCCAUAAACGAGAAUGAGUGCCGAGACGCUUGUUUUGUCGACUGUUUCUGUGCGGUCGCUAUCUUCAGAGGAGGAGAGUGCUGGAAGAAGAAACUCCCCCUCUCAAACGGGAGGAUGAAUCCUAGUGUUGGUGGAAAGGCACUGAUCAAAAGGGCAAGGGGUAGUUCCACAUCCCCACCUCUUCCUUCACCUGGCUUGGGCAAAGGAAAGAAAGAUAAUCGGACCCCAAUACUCAUCAUAUCAGCGAUUUUGGGCAGCUCUGCGUUUCUCAACUUCUUCCUCCUGUCAUUGAUUCUGUGGAUUAUUUUCUUCACAAACCAUAAAAAAAUAGUGAAAUUACAGCUAGAUUCCAGCUUGAUCGGAGUAAAUCUCCGCUCUUUUACAUACAUGGAGCUGGAGAAAGUCACAGAUGGGUUCAAGGAAGAACUCGGGAGGGGUUCCUGUGGCACUGUUUAUAAAGGCCUGCUAGAGUCGGAUCGUGCAAAUUUUGUGGCAGUGAAGAGGUUAGAUAAAGUGGUGAAAGAAGCUGAGAAGGAAUUCAAGACCGAAGUGAGUGCAAUAAGCCGAAUUCAUCACAAGAAUCUGGUCCAAUUGAUAGGAUUUUGCGAUGAGGGGCCCCACCGGCUGCUGGUGUAUGAAUAUAUGAGCAAUGGCUCUUUGGCAAGCUUCCUCUUUGGCAGUUCAAGGCCUAGCUGGAACCAAAGAACACAGAUUGCAUUUGGGAUUGCAAGAGGGCUCACAUACUUGCACGAGGAGUGCGGGAACCAGAUCAUCCAUUGUGACAUAAAGCCCCAAAAUGUAUUAUUAGAUGACAAUUUCACGGCUAGGAUUUCUGACUUUGGGCUAGCAAAGCUUCUCAGGACUAACCAGACUCAAACUACCACAUACAUCAGAGGGACCAGAGGAUACGUCGCACCUGAAUGGUUCAAGAACAUGGCAGUCACUGCAAAGGUGGAUGUGCAUAGUUUCGGUGUUAUGUUGCUGGAGAUUAUCUGCUGCAGGUCGAACGUCCUUCGUGAUCUUGAGGAUAGAGAUGAUGCAAUAUUGACAGAUUGGGUUUGUGAUUGCUAUAAAGAGGGGAGAAUAGAUAAGCUAGUUGAGAAUGAUGAAGAGGCAUUGAACUAUCCAAGGAAGCUUGAGAGGAUGGUGAUGGUGGCAAUUUGGUGCAUUCAGGAGGAUCCAUCCCUGAGGCCCUCAAUGAAGAAGGUCACACAGAUGCUAGAAGGAGCCGUGGAAGUCGCCGUUCCACCCGACCCCUUCUCGUUUAUCAGUUCACUAGCUUGAAACCACACCUGCAUUUUUUUCAGGGAUUUCCAUUACAUUCUAUCAGUUAUUUGCUCUGUUUUGAAAUCAAGCUCACCACAGGCAAUUGAACUUCCAAGUACUGUAUAAGACCAUCAUUCAUGUUCAAGAUGUUUGUGUAUUGGAUUGAUAAUUUAUUGCAGUUGUUUUGUUAUUUGAAUGACA